AUGGAUGCGCCCAGGGCCCUGCUCUCGGCCGUCUUCCUCAUCGGCUUCCUCUGGGAUUUGCCCGGGGUCCAGCAGGCGUCCAUCCCAUCGUCCUCCUCCUCCUCCUCCUCCGAGCUGGCCUCCUCCGACAAGGGCCUGAGGGGCCGCAGAGAGGGGAAGGUGCCCCGGGGCCCGCGGGAGAGCUCGCCGGGGCCGGGGCAACAGGAGGGAACAAGGCGUCCUCCGGGCCAGCCGCAGCCACCCGCUCCUCCCCACCACGGUCCCCCCGGCAGGAGCCAGCGGGUGGAGCCCCACGAGUACAUGCUGUCCAUUUACAGGACCUACUCUAUCGCGGAAAAACUAGGGAUCAAUGCCAGCUUUUUCCAGCCCUCCAAGGCCGCCAACACCAUCACCAGCUUCGUAGACAGGGGACGAGACUUGUCGUGUGUCAGCCCCCUGCGGGCACAGACCUAUCUGUUCGACCUGGCCACGCUCGCCGACCACGAGGAGCUGCUGGGCGCCCAGCUCCGCCUCUUCCGCCGCGCCCCCGCGGCGCCCCCUGCUGCCGGCCCGCUGCACGUGCAGCUCUUCCCCUGCCGGUCCCGCCGCCUCCUGGCCGCGCGCACCCUGGACCCGCGCGGGGCGCCCCCCGCCGGCUGGGAGGUGUUCGACGUGUGGCAGGGCCUGCGCCGCCGGCCGCGGCAGCAGCAGCAGCGGCGGACGCUGUGCCUGGAGCUCAGGGGGACCCCGGCCCCGGCCCCGGCCCCGGCCCCGGCCCCGGAGGCGCCCGGCGGAGUGGCCCGGCCGCGGCCGCGGCCGCCGCCGGACCUGCGGAGCCUGGGGUUCGGGCGCCGGGGGCGGCCGCCGCAGGAGCGGGCCCUGCUCGUCGUCUUCACCAGGUCGCGGCGGAGGAACCUGUUCGCCGAGAUGCGGGAGCAGCUGGGGGGCGGUGGCGGCGGCGGCGGCGGCCGCGCCCCCUUGGCAGGUGCCUUCGCCGGCCGCGGCCCAAUCGGAUGCUUCCCCGCGCCCGAAGGCCACGCCUCCGCCGCCUGCCGCGGGCCAAUGGCAGGCGUCCCCCCGCUCGGAGGCCCCGCCCCCUCCGCCGAAAGCCCCGUUCCCAUCGGAUGCCGCGCCCGCCUGGGAUGCCGCGCCCCCUCCGCGGGCCUCGGACCAAUGGGAGGCGUCUCCGUGCCGGGAGGCCACGCCCCCUCCGCGGACCGCGGGCCAAUGGGAGGCGUCUGCGGGCCGGGAGGUGUCUCCGCGCUGGGAGGCCCCGCCCCCUUCUCGGGCCUCGGGCCAAUGGGAGGCGUCUCCUCCGCGCGGGGAGGCGUCUCCGCGCGGGGAGGCCACGCCCACCCCGAAGGACACGCCUGCGGAGGGCCCAUGGGCGGUGUCUCCGCGCCGGGAGGCCACGCCCACCGCGAGGACCACGCCCCCUUCACUGGCCGCGGACCAAUGGGAGGUGUCUCCGCGCGGGAAGGCCACGCCCCCUCCUUCGUCCGCGGGCCAAUGGGCGGUGUCUCCGCGCAGGGAGGCUACGGAGGCCACGCCCCCUCCGCAAUUCGCGGACCAAUGGGAGGCGUCUCCGCGCGGGGAGGCCACGCCUACCCCGAAGGACACGGCCCCUCCGCAAUCGGUGGACCAAUGGGAGCCGUCUCCGAGCUGGGAGGCUACACCCACCCCGAAGACCACGCCCCCUCCGCAAUCGGCCGACCAAUGGAAGCCGUCCCCGCGCUGGGGGGCUACACCCACCUCGAAGGCCACGCCCCCUCCGCAAUCGGCGGACCAAUGGGAGGCGUCUCCGCGCGGGGAGGCCCCGCCCCCUCCGCGGGCCGCGGGCCAAUGGGAGGCGUCUCCGCGUCGGUCGGCCGCGCUCCCGCCCCAGCGGGUUCCCACGGUCCGUUCCCCUUCCCGGUCGGUCGGCGGGCGCCGCCGCCGUCUUGCCGGCACGGCAAGCGGCACGGCAAGAAGGCGCGGCUGCGCUGCGGCCGCAAAGCCCUGCACGUGAACUUCAAGGAGCUGGGCUGGGACGAUUGGAUCAUCGCCCCGCUGGAGUACGAGGCCUACCACUGCGACGGGCUCUGCGACUUCCCGCUGCGCUCGCACCUGGAGCCCACCAACCACGCCAUCAUCCAGACGCUGAUGAACUCCAUGGACCCCGGCGCCGCGCCGCCCAGCUGCUGCGUGCCCACCAAGCUCACCCCCAUCAGCAUCCUCUACAUCGACGCCGGCAACAACGUGGUCUACAAGCAGUACGAGGACAUGGUGGUGGAAGCCUGCGGCUGCAGGUAG